AUGUCGGUCCCAAAUAUGAAUGGAACAAAAGUGAAACCGGCGAAGGAAACAUUACCCGAAGUUGAGGUGGAAAGCAAUGGAAAUGGUCACAAGAUGUACUCAUACGAAAUGCUCGAGGAGAUUGCAAAUUUCCUCCUGACGAAAACAGAAAUUAGACCAAUUAUUGGAAUAAUUUGCGGCUCUGGCAUGGGUUCGUAUUGGAAAGACGGAUCGUUAGCAGAUACUAUUACAGACGCUGAGCGGAUUCCAUACGAGGAAAUACCAAACUUCCCCACAAGCACAGUAGAAGGCCACCAUGGUCAACUUGUAUUUGGUCGCCUUGGAGAGGUCCCCGUCGUAGCUAUGCAAGGACGAUUCCAUUAUUAUGAAGGAUACCCUUUAUGGAAGUGCUGUCUGCCCAUACGGGUUAUGAAAUUACUAGGGGUUAAAACCUUAAUGGCGACGAAUGCUGCGGGUGGCUUAAACCCUUCAUACAAAAUUGGUGAUCUAAUGAUUGUUAACGACCAUAUUAACUUGAUGGGAUUUGCGGGUAACAACCCGUUACAAGGUCCCAAUGAUGAGAGAUUUGGUCCUCGCUUCCCACCUAUGAACAAAGCGUAUAACUACGAAUACAGAAAAAUUGCUAAAAAGACAGGUGAAGGAAGUCGUAAACGAACACGUUAUUUGCGCCUUUGUAGGCAGUGUACGAAAAUUAAGAAAAAGAAAGGUAGUGGUUGUAGCGGUGAUUACUGUCAGUGCGAAAGCUUAUGCAAUCUAGAAGAUGAGUCAAUUUUAAUCAAAACGGUUACUUCUAAACCUAUAUCUCAAUCCACGUCAUCUCCACACUCGCAAAAUAAUAAUAAAUCACAUAACACAUCCUCUCAACCAUCAACAUCUUACAUGGAAAAUUCAAAUAUCUCUCAAGACUCUAACGCGGGAAAUUCAAACAACACCACAGCUUCAGUAACCAAUACGGACCCCCGUUCGAUUGGCCGUACUGAAUAUGUUCCUACUGAUGUUUCCCCUUAUUUAAUACAUGUUCAACGUUUACAAAGUUCACCUGACGACGGGACCAUUCUCCAUCCUAUAACAUUUGGCAAUUUUUUAAAGCAGAACAAAUUUAAAAAUAUUAUUCCCGGAAGUGUAAAGCGUGUAGGAAGAAACAGGUUGGCAGUUGUCUUUUCAGAUUAUAAAGACGCCAAUAAUUUUCUUAACUGCAAUCUUUUGGAAACGAAAAAGUUAAAAGCCUUCAUUCCCACUUUCAGCGUAACAAGAAUGCGUCUAGUUCGCGGGGUCCCUGUAGAUUGUAGCGUAGAGGAAGUUCAACAAAAUGUAUCCGUACCUAUAGGCUGCGGCAACAUACUUAAAAUAAGACGUUUAAAUCGCAAGGUGAAAAUUAAUGACUCGGUUUCUUGGAAACCCUCUGAAACAGUUGUAAUAACAUUUGACGGGCAAGUUUUACCAAAAAGGAUUUUCAUGUGCUAUAAUGCUCUUCCAGUAGAGAUAUAUAUUUAUCCUACGAUACAAUGCUAUAAAUGCUGCCGUUAUGGUCAUACCAAAGUUCAAUGUCGUUCUAAGACUCCAAUAUGUUAUAACUGUGGAGGUCAACAUGCAGGUGUAUCAUGUGACAGGUCAGAUGAAGAGUAA